ACAAAGACAGAGGAAGUUGAUAUUUCCCCACUAACACUCACAUUCGCUUCUCCUUAACUUUUAUUUAUAUUUUCUUUUCCAUGUUUCUGUUUGUGAUAAGACUUCUCACUUUCUCCAUCUCUCACUACUAUUGCCUUAAUUUCAUACUUUCUUUCAUUUCUGUGGAUAAUGAUCAUCACAGUUUAGCGACCGCAAAUUAUCUGCUUCUCUACACAUGGCGUCGCGGGGUUUCUUUUCGUUCGGAAGAUUUUGGCAACCGUUUCAGGAGAUGUGUUUAUGAUUUGCACCACAGUAUUCUAGGUUUGCUAUUUGUUGUUCUGAUAACUAGGGUCUUCACCGAUGCAAUAAGAAAUGCAGUUGGCUGGCCUCGACCAGACUUCUUUUGGCAUUGCAUGAGGAUACUGCCUCAUGAUCAAAACACUGGAGCCUUCUUCAUUGUUGUAGUACAAAAAGUUUCUCCUUUGUCAGAUAGUUUUUCUUAUGACUAAAUUUAUUUCUCUCUCUCUCUGAUUUUGUUAACAGAUAAUUAGGAAAUUUUGGAGAACAUGGGAAAAUAAUUCGUGUAUGACUAUUUUGCAUACCAAAUUUCUUAUGGAAUAUUCUAGGAUAUUACAAGUGACAUGCAUUCUGCUAGUUAUUGCCACAAUCUACACCACUUAGUAAUAUUUAUUGGUCAAUCCUUGAAUCUCUAUGAUAAAUGAGCUUUGAUUAAUUCUUAUGACUGAGUGAAAUAUACUUUCAUCUUACAAGAAAGACAAACAAUGCAAGAAGGCAGCUCUGCACCAUGUUCUUUCCGGAUAUCAUCUGAAGGAUUGCCCCUUAUUCUCCCAUACAUAACCAAACAAAUUUUGCAUGCAUCUCCCGCAGACUUCAAGCAUCUUCUGCAGAACAAAGAAGUAAAGUUUGAAGAUUUUACUGAUGUUGCUGGUAUUGGUGGACUUAUUAAAACACUUCAUCUUGAUUGGAGUCCUUUAUGUUGUUGGUAUUGCUGAACUUCUAUUAUUUACAUAGAAAUAGUACUAUUAAUUUCAUUCC